AUGUCGACAACUACCACAACUUCCACCUUCACUGCUCCUCACACACAACAACCUCUCCGCCUUGCCGUCCAGAAGAAGAAGAUGAGCAUCACCCAGACUUACUACCUCGCCCACAAGGCCCGGGCCAAGCUCUCCUCCGAGGCUGCCCGCGCCGACCACGACCUCCGCCUCCUCGUCGGCCACGCAAACCUCCUCGACUCCCUGAUGCUUGAGCUCGCCGACGCCGAGCGGGAACAAGAGAGCUGGUUCAACCAGUCCGUCCGCGGUGCCACCAAGACCGAGUCCGCUCCCGCUGCCACCAAGGACCGUCACAUCCAAUGGGCCGACUCCAUCGCCGAGGACUCGGAGGACCUCUACGAGGAUGACUCCUCCGACUCGGACGACUCUUCCGUCUCCUCUGAUGACGACUACGAGGAGGACGACAUCGAGAUGGCCGACACCGUCUCCCUUCGCCGCAUGCCCUCCGCCGCUCCCGCUUCCCCGAGAACAUCCACCAUCGAGGUCUCGGAAGACUACGACAUGGAGGAGGACGACCUCGAGGAGGACGACCUCGAGGAGGACUACGCACAGCUCGAGCUCGUCCGCACACCAUCCCACUCCAGCUCCAGCUCACCACCAGAGCUCGAGCACGAGCACGACUCUGACAUCUCAGAUGACGAGUCGAUGCCCCCGUCACCGCCAAACGCAGUGCUCACCUUCAAUGAGAAGGAGGCCAAGGAAGAGAUCUCUCAACAACAAUCACAACAGGGCGACGGUACCUUCUACUCGGAAGGAUACUACCUGCCGGCCCGCAACCCAGCAAGGCUCGUGUCUGCCAUCUCAGUGUACUAA